UGGCCGCUCUCAGCAUUUCAACCGCGAACUUAUUUGGCCGUACUAUAUCCAGCACCAGCAGAAGCACUUCGCGACCCAGAAUUUUCUGUAUUGGAUGGGAAGGACCCGGAAGGUUUACUUGGACCUCCACAGACCGGCCACAUCGCUCGAAGAGAGUUCCAGAGACGUCUCGAGCGGGAUGCCGAAGCCCGGGAAGCCUUUCAACUUCAAAUCCGCGAAGAACAAGAGCGUCGCCGAGCUCUUCGGCAGUCUCGAGUCCCGCCGGAGACGUCUGCGGAGCUGAUCGAGUACUUUCUCGAUACUGAAGCUCAGGAGCUUGAGUUCGAGGUUGCAAGGUUGAGGCAUCAAUUAAAUGAGGAAUUUUUCUCACAUCUGCAAUCAGAAGUGGGACAACUAAGAUUUGCUGUUACGAGAACAGAGGCUAUGGAAGACAGAUUAGUUGAGCUGGAAACAAUGCAAAAGGUUCUGCUUGAAGCAACAGAAGCUUAUGAUAAGAUGCAAGUUGACCUCAUCACAGCAAGGGAAAGCCUUACCAAAAUAUUGACAUCAAAGAAUAUAAAAGCAACGUUGUUGGAGAUGGUUGAGCGUAACAAACUGAAUAGAUCCUUAUUGACACUUCUUGAUGAAAAUAUAGCAGGCGCACAAAAAAGCAACCAGAAAGAAGCAGCAGCAUUCAUGGAGAAGGUCCGCUCAGCUGUUGUCAAGUAUAUGACAGUUUAGUGUUCGGGUGGGAGUUUGUAAAUGCUUGCCUUCUAUCUCUUCUUAGAGGAUAAUCCUUGAAGGGAUUGGCUCCAAAAUUGCCCCGUUGCUUCACAUCAUCUCAGAUAGGUUGUAUUUCUGUCUGUACCAAGGAAUUAAAAUCACUAAAUGGGGUAUUGUAUUGAGAUAAGAUUCUUAUUCAACAAAAUAUUAAGCCAUUUAUAUGCCUCUUUCUUUAAGGUGAAAUUGCUAUGAAUAAAAACAUUUUGGUUUAUGUUAUUUCACCCCAACUUCA